AUGUUCGGACAUGGCAAGACCUAUCUGCUUCGAGUGAUCAAUGCAGCACUGGAACAAGUUCUCUUCUUUGGAAUUGCCAAUCAUAAACUGACAGUGGUGGGAACAGAUGGAAGCUACAUAAAGCCUGUGAAAGUAGAUUACAUCACAAUCUCACCUGGUCAGACUAUGGAUGUUCUAUUAGAAGCAAACCAGCCAAUAGAUCGCUAUUACAUGGCUGCCAAAGCAUAUUCCAGUUCUCCUAAUGUCCUUUUUAGCCCUUCAAACACCACUGCCAUCCUUCAAUACAAACGAACCAGACACAAUAUGCCAACUUCAACAGUCCCUUCCAUGCCUUUGCUUCCAAACUCAAACGACGACACCAUCGCAACCACCGCGCAACUGAGCCAAUUCAAAAGCUUAGCAGACAAGAACCACCCCAUUGACGUGCCAUUAGAAGUAAGCACCAAGCUUUUCUACACAGUGUCUGUGAACACAUUACCGUGUCAGAAUGGUUCAAAAUGUGCUGGCCCAAGUGGUGAUCGUCUUGCUGCUAGAAAUGAUUUGCCUCAGUUCUUGUUGACUCCAUCCGUGGGCACAGAGGUGAAGGUGCUUGAGUACGGAUCCACGGUGGAGCUUGUUCUUCAGGGAACUAAUGUGCUUACUGGAACAGAACAUCCUAUUCACUUGCAUGGAUAUAGUUUCUAUGUCGUAGGCUGGGGAUUCGGAAACUUUGACGAGCAAAAGGAUCCUUUGAAUUACAACCUUGUUGAUCCUCCCUAUCAAAACACUGUGACCGUACCCAAAAAUGGUUGGGUCGCCAUAAGAUUCACUGCCGACAAUCCAGGUGUUUGGUUCAUGCAUUGUCAUUUGGAGCGUCACGUGACAUGGGGAAUGGCCAUGACUUUUAUUGUGAAGAAUGGUAACAAUCCGGACCAACACAUGCUACCACCACCUACCGACAUGCCCAAGUGUUGA